AUGCUCAACCUCCGACUACCGACGACCGCGGUUAAGGAGACAUGGGCGUCGCACUGCGAUGGGUUCGUGGCUCUCAGCGACAACGGUUUCGACUGGUUCGUUCUUGGCGGUGACGACCUCUCCCUUAUCGUGGAGAACUUGGUAACGACUCCUGGACAUCAAUUCACCAUAUGUUAUCUUAACUGCCAAAUACUACGUUGGUUUUCCCCCCUUCUUCCCCGUACCAAGUACCUGCUAUCGGAUGAUAUCAAACAUGCGGCGGGAGGGUUGGAAAACGGGGGCCCAAAUCCAAUGUGCCUCGGAAGGCGUUUCCGUUUUAUCGGCGAGAAACGCAUAUACAACAACGGGGGACCCUCAUAUGUGCUCAACCAGGCGUCUGUCGGGCAGUUGCCGAACCACUUGGACGAUGAUGCCUGCCAGUCACAUGCUGCAAAACACUGGGAAGGUAUCCUGUUUGAGUGGUAUCGCAUGCCCAAGAAGCCAGAGGGUCGUCUUUUUCCAGGAUGCGUGGUUUGUGCGUGGUACAUCAUUCAGGGCAUUGAUCCUAAGUUCGGCCGCGAGUGUUGCUCACAAGAGUCCCUCAGCUUCCACUACGUGGGCGAGCAGGUCUCGAGGCGACUUCACGAUCUCAUAUAUGCUCGCCCGAAGUAUCAAGCAGAUGCAGCAGUAGUCGCCAGAGUUUGA